GUUGAAGUAAUUAAUAUUGGCGAACUUAGGAAGGAUAAAUGUUUUGUGAAACUAACAAAGAAAUUACAAAAAGAUAUGGAUGAAUUGAAGAAACGUCAUCAAAAACAACGAGAAUCUAUUCAAAAACAGCAGCAAACCAAUGUUGAUAAGCUGAUCUGUGAUAGUAAUAAACAGUCCAAGAAGCGUACAUCUAACUCAUUGACUGUCGAGCAACACAUGGCCUUAUCUACUCGAAAGUCAGAUCCAUCCACUUUUAUGGCAAAUAGUUACCGAAUGCGUUCAUUAGUGUCAACUCAAACAGAUGAAUGGUCAGCAAUGAUGAAACGUCAUGAAAAUGAAUGUCAUGAAUUGCGGAGGACUCAUAUUAAGGAGGAAUUUGAUCUUCUAAAUAAAUUGCUUCUUGAUGCGCAAAAACAGCAAAUGAAUGCGCUAAAAAUGAGGCUAGAAACCGAAAAUAAGGAAUUAAAGCAAACUCAAACAAAAAAAAGUAUGGAAGGUGUUCGAGCAAUACAUCAGGAUAAGAAUAUAAAAACAAAGGCAGAGAAGGAUCGGCGAGUUAAAGAGAUGAAUGAGAAAAAUUUGAAAAUGUUUUUCGAAGAACGAAAAAGGCUUGCUAUAAAGUAUGCAUUUCUUGUUUUCUUAGAAAUGAAAGGAGAUAUUUCGAUUUGA